AUGUGUUCAAAGUGGGCUUUCUCUGAGUGCAGCAAAGUUAUUGACGUGAUUCUUGCUGGUACUAAAGGUCGACUCAAACACAUCUUGAAUAAAUUGGAAAAUUAUACUUCCGGUUCGUUGUCAAAUGUCGAAAUGGAGCUGCGCAGCACAGUUCUCCCGCUACUUUUAUCGGGAAAAGAUGCCAAAUAUGAAGGUGGUGAUGUCGAGUACGCUUUUUGGUUAUCAUCAGUGAUGCGCUGUUGUUCAAAAGCUAGCGCUCAGAGUAAAUUGUUGAUGAUUCUUUUUGGCCCUGUUACGAGAGAUUCUGGAGAAACAAUAAUCAACUGGCGGCUGUUCUGCGAUGAAACUAUUCCAACGUAUAACGAAGCCGAAAAAACAAUAAAACCUUUGUCGGAUGCUUUGCAUGUUUUGAUAAAAACCAAACAAAUAGAUGAAUUUCCGAAUUCAUGGAAUCAACACGACGUCUUCAAUAUAGUAGAGGAACUUAGCACGACACCUGAACCAUGGGCUUUUGAAAAUUUUGUAUCCUUGCUGCUUUUUCGUCCUUCCCUGAUAUCCGUUUCCUUGACGGCACGAUUGGAGAACAAUUAUGCAGAUGAGGCUUGCUUGAUGUUUCACACAUUUGCAAUCGAGCGAACUGUUUCGGUGUUCGCACAUGGUCAGAGGAAUUGGGCAUCAGACACCUCCCACAUCAUUGUUUGGUUGCAAACUACCUCCUCAGCUUUUGAAACUGCGCGUGUACGUCAUCUGCAGUGUAAAAUCCAGCGAAUGAAAUAG